UGCGAGACGACGAACGGAAAGCGUAGACAAUCGUGAGCGCAUACGAAACAGACAAUAGGCAGACUUCAGGACCUCUUGAGGCGGAACUGCAGACGGAGGCCAUACCAAUCCAAACACCUUCAAGAGCAUCGAGGCAACAUUAGAGAACUCUUCAGCAGCUCCCUUCAGGAGCAUGGCCAGCCUUUCGAUCUUCGACGUCUCCCUCAGCGAACUCGAAUUCUACAUUAUAUUUGCCAUGAACAAGCAAGCGCGCUACACCGACUAAGAAUCGGUCUACUUUUCGGACACAACGAGCAAGUAGCACAGGAUCGAUACUGAAGGGCAAAUGGAAAAUAGCAUGGUUUCUAGGCCUGGCAGGAAGCAGCGUCUCUCGCCCAUCUCAAUUCGAAGAAGUGGACUACGAUGUUCUGGCGGCGGAAGGGCGACUACGCCACAAUCUCACCUUUCCACCCCCCUCGUCUCACGACUCUCUGCCUCCCACUCAACCCUAACAACCUCCCACAAUUACCCAACAACAGGCCUCCACCACCGCCCUGAUCCUCCUUCAGGGCAUCUAAUUCUACACCCCCCAACUCCUCGACAUCCCCACCAUCACCGCAGCCGCAAACUCCCACUCCAUCCCGGUAAUCUGGGAACUCGCCCUCACGGUCGGCAACGUGGCUUUUCCCUGCGCAUCUGGAACUAUAAAUACCUGGAUUCUGACCCCGGAACUGGUGCUGUCAUUUCGUCUACGAGAAAUAUGUGUUCAAAAUGUAACGACAUAGAUACACCAACUUGCGAGGCGUGCGAGCACAACAAGUGUAAAUCAUGCAUGACAGUUGAUUAUCUUCCGCCUUACAUUCGACCUCCGUCGCCUGUGAACCAAUCUGAAUUCUUUUAAAGGGGUAAGCGCACAGUAUCGCUUGCGGGGGAGAGACAGAUCUGCAUAGAGAUUUGCGAUGCUAUCGUCAGCUUGGUUGAAAGCAAAGGCGCUUCAUACAGACCUCCGAGAAAUAUGGUAGAAUGGCUCCAAUGUGGA